UUGUGACGAGAAAUUGGGGUCCGGGAAACUUGAAUUAUAUUUUACCAUACUUUUAAAGGAAUUAGUGAUAUGAAAAAUGAACCCUUAUUCCAUCAAUAUCAGUAUAUUCACAAAAUUCAUAAUUUUGUUUUACAUCAAUAGAGAUAUUGCAGUUUCCUUGUUCCUUGUUUUAUUCCGUGUUAAAUAAACGAGGCCAUGGAGUUGAUUAAAUUAUCAGUCAUGUAUUUAACGUUCUUCUUAGUUAAGGAGACGUUUCAAAACAUAACAGCAAGAUGUGAUGAAGGGUACUACAGAAAUGAGACAAGUGGGACAUGCAUCAAAUGCCUCCCAGGGUACAUAGGCCCAAAUUGUUCCGUACCCUGUGUAGAAGGGUUAUACGGAAAUGAAUGUCAACAGCAGUGCCCUUCUUCCUGCUCAAUCUGCAACGUUAUUGAUGGAAGUUGCCCGAAAGGUUUGUUAGUUAUAUGAAUUAUAUCAAAUGUUGCGAGACAAAACCAAAAGCAUAAUCGACGAGGAAGACAGUAUGUGAUGACACUUAUAUAGUUUGUCUUAAUUUCAUAAACAUAUUGAAUUGGCUUUUCUGGAAAUACAGAUUAUUUAAUUGUGCUUCAUUUGAUACACCUAGAAAACCUUGUUAGUGCUUAACAAUUUUCCUUGUCAGUGCUUUCUGAAUAUCAUAUAAUCACAACGAUGUACACACUAUUACAAGCGGUACAUAGUAUAAUACUUUUUUGUACAGAAAUUAAUAUGUACUAAUUUGUCAAAUAAGAGUUUGAAUGAUGUACAAUAAGUUACAGCAUGCAUUAUGGGAGAAAUUUGUUCUGUUUUACGCAUACAUCUUUGAUUGAUUGAUUGUUUUACGUCCAUUCGAGAAAUUUUCACUCAUAUUGAAACGUCUACUUACAACUUUGUGGUCUCCAAACUGACACAGUAUGAAAAAAUGAAGAUAACAAACAGUGAUCAAUUUCAUAAAUCCUAUAAAGUAUACGAAAUUACGAAAGAGCAAACACGUACCCCUGGACACAGCAGAGGUGGUCUAUAUCUUGAUCAGGUAAAUGAAGUAAUCUGUAGUAAAAAUUGGUUUGUAAAGUACGGCAUAACAAUUGGUAUGAAUCAUUUCAUACAGCACAUCAUUCGAUCUAA